AUGCUGGUAACCUAUUUGGAAGCCAGCCGGGACCUUUGCGAGACGGACUCAAUUCUUUUUGGCGCCGCGCUGGCAGCUUGCCGUAUUAUUGGCGCCAAAGUUCCCAUGGCUGGACGCGCUACUAGACAAAGUAGCGCCAUCCCAGCCUGGAGAAGAAGAAUUGAGGAACGUGUCGCAAAGGCUAGAGCCCUUAUCGGCAGACUGAUAUGCUUCAGGUCGGGUAACAAUAGGCCGAGAAUUGUGCGCACCGUUAGAAUGGCGUUUGCUGGGACAAAUGUCAGUUUGUCCCAGCCGGAUAUCACGCAAAAACUGACGGAGCGCAUAGAUGACCUGAAGCAAAGAAUCGCUGCUUGGGGAAGGCGGAUUCGGCGAUUUACCGAGAGGUCGACGCGGUUCAACCAGAAUCGUCUCUUCCAGAGUGAUCAGAAGAGGCUCUACGAAUCAUUGGAGCGACCAGAGGUAUGUGGAGCGGGCCCAGGACCGGAUCAGGCCGACACUGUAGCAUUUGUUCUGGCGCGGCCUGUGGUCAGAGCCCGUAAACCACAGCGAGGGCCCUUGGACGGAAGUUGUGGCGAGUCAGUGUGCGAGUAUUACGCCCAUGGACCCCGUCAUCAUAACGCCGGAUGA